CCCGUCAGGAAGAAGAUAAACAAAACAAACCAGAGAGGAAGACGGCGUGGAUUGAGAAGAAAUGACAUUAAGUUUUCCUAAAGACGAGUAAAAUUGGAGUUACCACCUAUUUUCGCUAGUGCGUGGGUAGCUUGAAGACCGCAGUCAGGUGAGGAGCACAACUCAGCCAGACUUGAGUGUGCUGCUAAAGCCUCAAUAUUGAAAACAAGAACUUUUUUAUGUUUAAAACCAAACUUCCUCCAGAGAUUGACGACAAGAUAGGGAGAUUGAGGCAGAGGAGGUGCCAGAAAAGUUUCCGUCAAGGAACUGAGGAUCUGUGCUCUGCAAUGCCUCAGCCCAGCAUUAGCGGAAUGGAUCCUCCCUUUGGGGAUGCCUUUCAAAACUGCUCUUUUGCUGACCAGGCGCUGACCAGCACAGACCUGUUGGCUAACAGUUCUGACCCAGAUUUCAUGUAUGAACUGGAUCGGGACAUGACUUGUCGCCAGAGCCCUAGAGGAGACAUUUUCACAGUAGGGGACUGCAAGGACUUGGAUACCAUGGAUCAUCUACCCGAGUUGGUGGACAGUGACCCUGCUUGCAACUCCAAUUUCGAGCAGUGGGACACAUACUGGGAGGACUUGACCAAGUACACCCGACUUACCAGUUGUGACAUCUGGGGCACCAAAGAAGUUGAUUUCUUGGGCCUUGAUGACUUUUCCAGCCCUUACCAAGACGAGGAGGUGAUCAGUCGGACUCCCACGCUGGCCCAGCUCAACAGUGAGGACUCGCAGCCAGUUUGUGACACCCUUUACCAUCCUGAUUUGUUGGUGGGUCAAAAGCAGCUUUUGUUUCCGACUCCCACCAUGGCCAAAAAGACCAAUAGAUUCAGUAACCCUUCGACCGGCGCCUCAUCAAGUCGCAACCCUCUGCCUGACUUUGCCGAAGGAUCCCAGAAGGCAACCUGGCCUGUUCCCUCCAGCACUGACACAAUGGCCAAGGCCCAAAUUCAUGGUCCUAGCAAAACAUCAACCGAGCUUCUGGAAAACACGGAUUAUGUUCGUAAAGCCAAGGUAUGCUUCAGCGUACCACGUAAGCCUUUGGUAGAGAGCUCUGCCCAGCCGGUUAGUAUUUCUUCCUCUACUCCCAUCCAGGAGUCCACUGCUUCACUGGUCAGUGAGGACCCAGCUGUCAUUACCGCCGCCAACACUGCUUCGUCCAUUAGCUGCGAAAAGAGAGUGGCGAUACCUAAACGAGAGGUAACAAGUGGUCCCGCUCCAGAAGUAGGGACUCUAAGGGCUGUGCCACACAAACUCCACUUCCCUUCAGCUACCGGCAGUGAAACCUUGCUCACCAUGAGUGCCCUUGGAUCCGACGCUUCGGCAGCAGACAAAAAGAAGGAGGAAGAGCACAACUACUCAUUAUUCUUGACCAGGGCCAGGCUGGCAGGGAAGGUGACCGCUGACAUAGAAGAGGAGGAGGAAGAGGAAGAGGAAGAGGUGGAUGACGAAGAAGAAGAAGAAGAGGAGGAGGAGGAAAAGGCUGAGGAGUUGGACUUAGACGAUGAAGACCACGAUGAAGGGUUUGGCAGUGAACAUGAGCUCUCAGAGAAUGAUGAGGAAGAGGAAGAGGAGGAUGACGAGGAUUAUGAGGGAGAUAAAGAUGACUAUGCUAGUGAUGCAUUCUCAGAGCCAGGAUGUGACACUGAUAUGGUCGAUGAUGUCAAAGGCCUGACAGCUGGGAUUUCCAGGAAGAGAGGAAAGCGCCGAUACUUUUGGGAGUAUAGCGAGCAGAUCAUCCCAUUCAAACAGGAGCGCAUGCUGAAACCCUCCGAAUGGGACAGAGACACGCUUCCCAGCAACAUGUACCAAAAGAAUGGCCUGCAUCAUGGAAAGUACACAUUGAAGAAAUCCCGGAGAACGGAUGUGGAAGAUCUUACUCCAAACCCUCGAAAGCUCCUUCAGAUUGGCAAUGAGCUCCGGAAGCUCAAUAAAGUCAUCAGUGACCUGACACCCGUCAGUGAAUUACCCCUUACUGCUCGGCCUCGCUCUCGAAAGGAGAAGAACAAGCUUGCAUCCAGGGCCUGCCGGCUAAAGAAGAAAGCGCAGUAUGAGGCCAACAAAGUCAAGCUGUGGGGCCUUGGAACCGAAUAUGAUCGUUUGCUGUUUGUGAUCAAUGCAAUCAAAGAAGAGAUAGUCAACAAGGUCCAGGAUAUCUCACAGGACAAAACAACAAGUAUGACAGAGAAGCUGGAUAAACUCAUUGAGGAUACCCUGGUGGAGCCACCAGUGGCCAGCCAGACAUCAGACUUCGUGAAUCAGAUCCUGGAGAACACCGGGAAAGGAGAUCCCACCGGAGGGCUGGUGGGGUUGCGUGUGCCCACUUCCAAGGUGUAAAGUCAGCCCGGGCACCUCGGAGCACACAUGAAGCCAUCCGCGCCAUUCUUGUCCCACACUGUAACGGCCCGACACUCUGCAUGCCCAUUUCACUCGGAGACGCGUUCCUCACAUUGAUCGUGAAUACAUGCAUACGACACCUUGCCUGUCCGUGCAUACGUAUGUAUCUAUUCACCUCGUGCGCACCAGUGGAAAUGAAACCAGUAGUUAACCUUUUGCACUCAGUAGUCUGUUUCCUACCAUGUGUGCAUGUGGCUGGUAUUGAUCAACAGGCCGCCAUGUUGCAGAAAUUAAAAGCCAAUAUACAAGAUACCUCCAGAGAGAGAGAGAGAGAGAGAGAAAAAGCUAAACAACGAGCACCAGUUCUUGCUGUAGCCAUUUUUCUCAAAAUCUGUCAAACGCCCAUUGAGAGUUUCGGGAAAGCUACGAAGGCAUUCGCUCCUUUUGAUUUGGCAGGUGUAAAUGCAGACUUUCGGAGCUUGUGAAUACAACAAUUUCACUCUAGUUAGGACUAGCGUAAAGACUUCUCAAUCUCCUUGACUGAGGGAAUUCAUGUUUGAGGCUUUUUUUUUUUUUUAAAUGGUGAGGCAAUCGCAGAAGAUACGAUAUUUAACUGAAAGUAGUUACUGAUGUUUGGUGUAUAUACGUAGGACUUGGAUGGGAUUUUUUUAGUCCCACGCGAUUGCGACCGUCUCAGGUUGGAGAGAAAGCGAGUGCGUGUUUUCCUCUUUGUCUUUCUUUGACUUGAGGUCGGUCGAAAUCCCUUAUUGUAAAUAAGCAGAAUGAUGAUACUAUCCACUGGUGAAACCUUUUCCUUUCUACGCUCUGGCUGAAGUGCCCUCACGUCAAAUCACCCUCGUUGUUUUGCAAAUUCUCAGCGAAAGGGGCUUAAAAAAAAAAAAA